AGGCAGGCCAGAGCUGUUUAGGUAGCCAAAUGUCUGCAGUGGCGCUCAGACUUAGCUUCAAGUUCCAGGGGGUUCGUCGAUCAUCAGAGCCGCCAUGACUCGGGCUGAUCUUUGGCCCGCGCCUGCGGUGCCGAGUUGACGGGCCAAGUUCUUGUGGUUUAAUAAGGGGCUUUAAAUGUCGAUUUUGAUGCAGAUACUUAUUGACAGGGCCCUUGAUGCCGGCAGAGCCUCCGAAAGGUCUCUUUCCCGGCAGACUUCAGGGACUGGCAACAGCGGCGAGCUUCCAACAAUGCCUGGCCGUUGAAACCUCGCCGGCGCAACACCUCGAGCACAUCAUUGAUGCGAUCCGACGUACCAGAUGGGACCUAAUCACGACGGAACCGGCAUCAGCAUCACGGAUACAGCAAUUCCAUAGUACCCAGAGGGACAGUCGGUAUUCAUCAUGCGUCUGGCUGCAGCCGUCGUUGCAACAGCGUUACCCUUGACAUGGGCAGGAUCUCUCCCUUCGGCCAAUGACCUGCUCCUAUCCCUGCAAAAAGCGCCUCAUUGUGCGCAAGAAUGUCUUGCCAACGCAACCGUGCAAUCCCAUUGCUCGCUUGAUGAUCCCACAUGCAUCUGCGUGGACAAAUAUGCCGACAUCGAGGAGGCCGGAUCACCGUGCAUUCUCAAGUCAUGCUCUCUAAUAGAAGCUUUGUUCACCAAGAACCUGACCGAGACGACGUGCAACCGACCGAGGCGCGACAAGGCACCGAGAUAUGAUGCCAUGAACAUCUCCAUGGGCGUCAUCACCGCGCUGCUAGUCGUCGUUCGUCUCGUCUUCAAGCGCUUUUUCAGCCAGCGAAACACACUCGGCGCCGACGACGUGGCAAUACUGUUGACAUUGGUGAUAGGCGUCCCCUGCACAAUCAUCAACAAGGUUGGCCUUACAGCCCAUGGCAUGGGCAAAGAUGUCUGGACAUUGUCUCCCGAUAUACUUACCGACUUUGUGUUGUACUUUUACGUCAUGGAAGUCCUGUAUCUGGCGGAAAUGUCACUCAUCAAACUUAGCCUGUCCCUAUUCUAUCUUUACAUCUUCCCAGGCACUACGACACGCCGGCUGCUUCUCGGGACUGCGGUUUUCAACGUCAUAUUUGGGUUUACCUUUGUUACAACGGCUGUGUUUCAAUGCAGUCCGGUCCACUAUUACUGGACGCAGUAUGUUGAUGCCACGUCACACGGCCGGUGCAUUAACAUCAAUCUCUUCGCCUGGAUCAAUGCGGCACUCGCCAUCGCGGUCGAUGUAUGGAUGAUUGCGAUACCGCUCUUCCAGAUCAAGAAACUAGAGCUCCACUGGAAGAAGAAAAUCGGUGUUGCUAUCAUGUUUUUGAUAGGGACAUUCGUCACAAUCGUCUCAAUCUUGCGUCUCCAGUCGCUUAUUUACUUUGCAAACUCCAAAAAUCCUACGUGGGACCAGUGGAUUGUCGCUUGGUGGUCGACUAUCGAAGUCAACGUGGGCAUGAUUUGCACCUGUUUGCCAACCGUUCGUCUGAUCCUCGUGCGGAUAUAUCCCCGGGUGUUCAGCACCAACACCUCGCGCAACAAGUCCAUCUCGGGCUUCGCGGAGAGGUAUGGACGAAAUAGCAACAUGUUUGGUCGAAACCAGAUUCAAUUAUCUAGCGUGGAGACCAACCUAGCAGAGGUUGGAGGUAAGCAACCUGGAUUGUCGUCCGAAACGACAGAGAGAAACCUCGGAAGGUGAUGGCGGCCGCCGACACACUGCGCAUCGCGCCCAGCGGGGGCUUAGCGCCCCAGGUCUCGUGCUUAUACCAGCGGACCGGGCCCGGGAGUCGGAAAUACUGUAUCGAUUUGAUCAGAUUCAAC